AUGAAUCAAUAAUAAAAAAUCAUUAAGAAAAAGCAAAAACUUAUGAGCAGCUUUAUAAAAGUGAAAAAUAAAGAGUACUUUAUUGAAUUCCUUUACAUUGUUUACUAGAAUGAAAUUUAGAAACAGAAGAUACUGUUAUUAGAGCAAGAAAAAAAUGAAUUGAUAUAUUAACUUGAUCAGUUCUAAGGUAUUUUAGUGUUUUUUUAUUAUAUAGGAUUUGAGUAGGAAAAUAUCAAGUACUAAGAGUUAGUUGAAAAAUUCGAGGAGCAAUCAAGAUUAAAAGAAGAUGAAUUUUAAAGAGUAAAAGAAUAGAUAAAGCUGAAAUUUCAAGAAAACGAAAGUGUCAUUGUAGAUUUAAGAAAUUAGCUAAAGGAGGAGAAGGAUAUAAGAUAUGGCGAAAGUACUAAAUUCACCUAAGAGAUUGAAAGGUUUCAAUAAAGAUUACAAGGUUGGGAGAUAGAUUGUGAAAGACUUGAGAAUUUAAAACGCAAUAAUGAAGUUCUUAUCCAAUAGAUGAGAGAUGAGCAUAAAUAAAAAGAGGGUUUGUUAAAAGAUGAGAUUGAUAGAUUGAAACGCAGUGAUUUUAAUAAUUAGAGUCGAAUUGAUAUAACUUUGAAGGAAAAAGAAAAGUUUAAAGAGGAGUUUAUUGAAUUAGAAAGAUUAGUGCAAAACCAACUUAAGAACGGGCAAUAAGAUUUUAGUUCAAUUUAAAAACAGCUUGAAGAUACCUAAUUAGCUCUCCAUAAGGAGAAAAAUACUUCGGCUUAAUUGAAAGAUGGCUUGGAAAAAUCAAUGGAGAGACUUUUACAUGAAAAAAACCUAUUGGCUUAGGACUACAGAGAACUGAAAACUUAACUUUAACAGCAUAAUGAAUUAAUAAGAAGAUAAGAAUUGAAUGUCAAGGAUCUUUUACUUUUAAAAGAUGAUUAGUAAUCUAUUAUUGACAAAUUAUGUUAAGAAAAAGAAGACCUGGAAAGAGAAGUAUCGAGAACUGCUAUGCUCUUGAAAGAGAUGACAGAUGCUUAGUAGAUAACAUGUAGUAAAUUUUCUGAGUUCUAGAGAGACAUUAAGAAUCUAAUAGCUGAGAAUAAAUAACUGAAAGAAUAAAUAAACAAAAUACAAUAAGAACGACAUAGAAAGCAUCAUCAACAAAAUUAAGAUUAUAUUUAGGAUCAUUACCUACAAAAAUAAAGAGAGAUUCUGAUGCAAUAAUAGAAUAAACUUGGAUCAAAUCCUCAAAAUAAUAAUUCUAGUGGGUAACCUAAUAACUAAGAGAAAUUUUAUGAGCCAGCAAUAAAACACCAAAAUCAGGCAUAUAUGAAUGAUUUUGAAAGGUAAAAAGCACGUAUAGACUUUGAAUAUAGAAAGAAUUUCUAGAACUGA